UAGGUCAAAUACACGUUAAAUCCGCGAAUAGUAGUAUAGUACCCAUAAUCGAAGAGAGAGCUUCAGGACGGAUAAUGGUUCGGCGAGAGCGGUCCGAUGAUGACGAUGAGAUCCUCUUCCGCUAUCCCCUUCCAUCCGCAUCCGACAGCCAUGGUCCCGCCGCAUCGGCCUCUUCAUCGAAGGUUAACUCCGGCGGCGGUAGCGGCGGCAGCGGCGGCCUCGCACCCUCCAAAUCAACGGUUUAUGUCUCAAAUCUCGACUACUCGCUGACCAACUCCGACCUCCACACCAUCUUCUCCACCUUCGGCAAGGUCGCGCGCGUGACCAUCGUUAAGGACCGCGACAGCCGCCAGAGCCGCGGCGUGGCCUUCAUCCUUUUCGUCUCCCGAGACGACGCUGCUGCCGCCGUUCGCACCGUGAACAAGAAGAUCCUUUACGGACGCACCAUCUCAGCAUCUAUUGCAGCCGACAAUGGCCGUGCGGCCGAGUUUAUCCGUCGGAGGGUGUACAAGGACAAGAGCCGGUGCUACGAAUGCGGAAAGGAGGGCCAUCUCUCCUACGAGUGCCCGAGGAAUCAACUUGGCGCCAGAGAGAGGCCGAAUCCGAAGAGGAUGAGAAGAGUGGCGCAGCGUGGAAGGGAAGGUGUUGGUGAUGGCGGGGAAGACGAUUUCUCGGAUGGCUGGGAGGGCACGAAUUUUGAGGAGGAUAACUGGGCUUCUGUGGUCGAUACGAGGGGAGAGGACGAGAAAGCUGAGGGGAGGAAAGUGGGCAGAGAUUUUAAGAAAAAGAAGAAGAAGGAAAAGAAGUUGAGUUAUUUUAGCGACGAAAGCGACGAUGAUGAGUAGUCAUUCGGUUUUUUUUUUUUCUCAAUUCCCUUCUAUCAUCUUUCUAUCAAAACUGCUCUGAUUGGGAAACUGUUGAAGUUUGUGGGAAAUAUAAAUGGACGGCGUAUGACAGUCACGGGCGAGCGACGGAGUAGAAAACGGUACUACGCGCCGACUGACGGGCAAGUGAUGGCAUUGAGCUUUCACGGGUUGUUUGUUUCGAAAGGGAUGAUCGUGGAUGGUUGAAUUAGAAAUUUUAAAUCUUGAGUGGUGAGACUUAUAUUUGAAGUUUUGGUUGGUAUGUUUGUGAAAACCCCAAAAAGAAUUUAUGA